AUGGCCAUCCCCCGGUUCCUCGUCACCUUCUUCCCGUUCAUCCUCACAGCGGGUGCCACCCUCUGCCUGCUCCUCAUCCUCCUCGCAGGCACCAAGGAGCACAACCCGCUCAACCGUGUCUUCUACAUGGAGACCGACACCUCCAGCAUCUCCGGCGCCCCUGACACCACCCGGUGGACUCUUUGGAACAUCUGCGGUGUCUCUGGCGGCGUCUCUGUCGACUGCGGAAGCAACAAGCCUGCCUAUGCCUUCGAGCCCGCAAAGAACUUCGGCACCAGCUCCGACAUCCCCUACGACUUCAUCAACCACAGAAAAACGUACUACUACCUCUCGCGCUUCUCCUACGCUUUCUACUUUAUCGCUACCGGCUUCACUGGCUUCGGCUUCAUCACCGGCGUUCUCGGUCUUUGCUCUCGCCUCGGUGCCGCUCUUACCUCGUUCUGGCUUUUCCUCGGUCUUCUGACCUCGAUCGUCGCUGCUGCCCUCUCAACCGCCCUCUUCGUCAAGGCCCGCAACACCUUCAACGAUGACGGUAUGGAGUCGCACAUGGGCGUCAAGCUCUUUGCCUUUGCCUGGACUGCGGUCGCCUGCAACUUCAUCUCCUCGAUCGGCUUCAUGCUUGCGUGCUGCUCCGGCCGCAAGAAGAACCGUGGCCUCGGCGAUCUCUCUGACGAGCCCGUUCCCAUGAACGAGAAGCCUCGCCGCGGAUUCUUCAGAAGAACGCCCAAGGAGAGCUACCCUGAGGACGCUGUCGAUCACGAGAGCCAGGAGCCGGUCAUGCACCAGACUUCGACCACCAACGGAAACAUGUACUCGACCAGCGUUCCAUCUGAGAACGUUGCCAACGAUCACACCGUCCCUGAGGAGUCUAGCUAUGUCUUUAGCGACCGUCACCACGAGUCCUACAGAUAA